AUGAGAGCACCUCUCGCGUUGAUUGGGAUACUGGCCUUUAGCCACCCUUCCAUCGCGUUCAAGGCGGUGAUUCUAGCGGACACCAACCGCGAUGGCCAAGCUGCAAUAGAUGAUAUUGGAGACUCUGAGGCUCUAUUUCUUCCCAAUAUUGGCGAUACAGACAGAAGGUGUUCAAAGAUGAUAUCGGCUCUACCGAAUAUAUCAAAUGAGAUACUUGAGUCUUGCCACGAUGCAUCCGACAAUAUUCAGCGCUCUCCGCAGUAUAUGGCGCCGCUUAUUACCCUCCCAAUUCCAAGGAUAAGGGCAUCUUCAUAUGGUUCCAUUCGAGUUUCGGGAGAUGUAGCCCGUAAAAAUGUGCGCAUCUUUCUCAAAAAGGGGUCAAAAUGGGAAUACAUUGAUGAAAACACAAAACUCUCUUCCGAAGACAUUAGGUAUGGGAUGGACCUCGGGAUUGAUGCUAGAGAUACGCGACGACCACAAAAGUGGGAUGGGCGUGCUACGGUUACUUUUGAAGUGGAACAGAGGGGGGUAAAAUCGACAAGCAGUGUUAAGUUGCGUGUCGCCCCGGUCAUCACUCAACAUCAUCUCAAUAAGGCCCAGCAAGUACUGGCCUCCCCCAUGAAGCACAAUCCCUGGUUUGAAACAUUUACCAAUGGCCUAUCUGCAAGUGCAAAGAAGGCCGGCAUACAAACUCCAUUAUGGCAGAUUGACGCUAAUGAUAUAUGGGCACAAGACUUCUUUGAGCCUGGCUAUGCGAGUAUACCAGGUCCAAACGGAAAACCAGUGUCUAUACGGAUCAUGUUUCGUUCUUCUCAACCUGAACGUCCUGGAGGUCCAUCAGUGUUUCUACAACUUCGUAGUGCCGGAGUUGGGGCUGUCCAAUAUUUCAGGAAUGAAACCUCUGAAACGACAGACUCUACAGGAAAUGUCGAAACGAUUCCGCCAUAUGAACAUGCAGGGAAUAAGUUUCCUGUCGGACGGAUUAUCAUAGGCGAACAACUGGACUAUGUACCCGCGGCUGUCGAUUACUUCCGUGCUCAGGAAAUCCAAAAGCCCCUAAUACUAAAGACAGACUGGCUUCACGUGAAGCAUGUGGACGAGUUUUUAUCAUUCAUCCCAACCAAGAGCUCCCGCGGCUGGGUUCUAAUGUAUGGAGACGUAGAAACCGCGCUGGAGCUCCUAAGAAAGGCUGAAGGCGAAGGGCACGGAAACGUCCUCAUAUCUUCUCGUCAGAAACACAACGCCACUGCUGCGACAAACUUGACUAUUUCAGACGUUUUGAAGUCUCAGGAGUUUCUUGACUACAAUGCAAACUGCUCUCAGCACACUCGGGAAAAUCUCGAUAUUCUCAAAGCCGAGACCGGUCUCCAAGAUAGCGAGAUGAUAGCCGUUCCUGCUCUCUACUGGAAGCAUCGGGGUAGUAUUGGCCCAAGAACAAUCUUCAACAUUCUUAGCGAAGAGAGAGCUGCCCAGCGGAAUCUUUCUAUGCUUUCUCAGCUUGACGUUAUAUCAAAUAAAGCUGGUUCAGGCUCUCAAAUCAAAAAACGCGACAAGGAGGGGAAUAGCGCCAUUGCAUUAUUUCCCACUGCAGUCAACGGUGUAUCUCUCAGCAAUAGCUUGUAUCUCUGUCCCAAGCCAUUUGGUCCUGUUAUUAAUGGCAGAGACAUUUUCGAAGAGAGUCUACAAAGGAUUUAUGGCUCCGUUGGAUCUGAAGUUGACUUUUUGGAUGAUUAUAUGUAUCAUAUACUUGGAGGGGAGAUUCAUUGUGGAACCAACACUUUCCGUGACCACAUGGAUACAUGGUGGAAACAGUAG